AUGGAGAAGCUCGGGAUUUUGGUGGCUGUUGCUGUGUUUCUGGAGGUGGUCUCUGCGACCUCUCUGGGUGUGGUGUACACAGAGGGAGGUAUGGUGCAGGGAGAGAACAUUCGUCUUGGGUUUCGCCGUCACAUGGACAUCUUCAGAGGAAUUCCCUUUGCUGACAUCCCUGGAAGGUUUGAGAUACCAAAACGUCACCCCGGCUGGGACGGUAUUUUUAAGGCCACUGAGUACAGGAAGAGAUGCAUGCAGGUGAACUUGAUCAUGACUGACACCAGAGGCAGUGAGGACUGUCUUUACCUUAAUGUCUGGGUUCCUCAUGGCCGCUCAGUGUCCACUAAUCUGCCAGUCAUGGUCUGGAUCUACGGAGGAGGCUUCCUGGCUGGCGGCUCGAUGGGCGCCAACUUCCUGGAUAACUAUCUGUACGACGGGCAGGAGGUUGCAGACAGAGGAAAUGUUAUUGUGGUGACUCUGGGAUACCGUGUGGGCGCUCUGGGCUUCCUUAGCACUGGAGACUCGGACAUGCCUGGAAACUAUGGCCUGUGGGACCAGCACCACGCCAUCGCCUGGGUGCACAGGAACAUCCGCUCAUUCGGUGGCGACCCUGACAACUUGACUGUCUUCGGAGAGUCUGCAGGUGCAGCUAGUGUCAGCUUCCAGACUCUUACGCCCCACAACAAAGGGCUGAUCAAGAGAGCCAUCUCCCAGAGCGGUGUGGCCCUUUGCCCAUGGGCCGUCAACAAGAACCCACGUAGAGAUGCUGAGAGGAUUGCUCUGAAGGUGAACUGCCCUACUGAUCAGACUAUGGCUUCCUGUCUGAAGAUGACUGAUCCUCAUCUCCUUACGUUGGCUGGUUCUCUCAGUAUAGCCAGCUCACCUGAUCACCCCCUUGUUACAAACCUGUACCUGUCUCCUGUGAUUGACGGUGAUUUCGUGCCAGAUGAGCCUUACAACUUGUUCCACAAUGCAGCUGAAAUCGACUACAUCGCAGGAGUCAACGACAUGGACGGACACCUCUUCACUGGUUUAGAUGUUCCCACAAUCAACGCCCCCCUGGUGACCACAGAUAUCGAGGAUGUGAGGAGGCUCCUGGCUUCGUACACUAAGGAGAAGGGCAAGCUCGGUGUGGACAACGCUUACAACACCUAUACUUCAACCUGGGGCUCAAACCCCAGCAAGGAGACCAUCAAGAAAACCGUUGUGGAGAUUGGAACAGACUACAUCUUCCUGGUUCCUACUCAGGCUGCCCUCUACCUUCAUGCUGCCAACGCCACAACUGGCCGAACCUACUCUUACCUCUUCUCUGAGCCCAGCCGCCUUGGAGGUAUUGCCAGGCCCUACCCCAGCUGGAUGGGGGCCGACCACGCUGAUGACCUGCAGUACAUGUUUGGAAAGCCUUUCCAAACACCACUGGGGUACUGGCCUCGCCACCGUGACAUCGCUGGCUACAUGAUCGCCUACUGGACCAACUUCGCCAAAACUGGAGACCCCAACAAAGGUGACCUGAGCGUACCUGCUACCUGGCCUAAAUUCACCAGCACUGGACACCAGUUCCUGGAGUUAAAUUCUAGCAUGAACAAGAACUAUGUGCACCAGAAGAUGAGAAUGCGUUACGUGCAUUUCUGGACGAGUGUCCUCCCCAACCUUCCUGUAGUAUACUCUGAAUAAAAGACCUUGUGCAAUUACCCCUACAAUGUAGACCCGAAGUAUCAAAUCCGUAUUGGUUCAUGAAAAAAUAAAAUGUAAGUGACAAUACAUUUAUUGUGGACAGUGAUUUUGCACACUUGAUG